GCCAGGACACCAAGUCUGACGGAGGUCUGCAGACAGGACACAAAACUCGUUUUGUUCUCUCAAACCACUCGAAAGCAUCAGGUAGACUUUUCAGGCCGGAGGGACUGAGACCAACAGCAGACCGGAGGACAGCAGAGCGACAGAGUAAGACCAUCUGAAAGAGAGAAGUGUAGUUUAGAAGGAGGUUCUGCAGCUUUCCUUCCCUCACAGCGAGAGGAGGAGGAGGAGGAGAAAAGGAGGACCACAGCGACUGACAGCAGUUAGAGGACGAUGUGGAUGUGGCGUAGCUUCCUGUGUGUGUCUGUGGUCUGUGGUCUGGCUCUGGACUCCAACACCAUCAGAUCCUCCAAAGAGGUGAUGCUGCACAGCUCUGAGCUCCCGGAUGGGUCCCAUGGCUCCCAGGUGGAGCGUCCCGUACGGCGCCAGACGGAGACCAAGUUCAACUCCCAUCGUGAAUCAACACCUGCAUGUUCAACACCUGACUGCUACGUACCUGAGAGGUGGGGGUGCAGUAACAGGGCUCAGAGGAGACCGUCCUCUCAGGACAGACAGAUGGACAGACACGGGGACACAGAGACAGACAUUCAGAGCAACACAGGCGGCUUCAACCGCACAAAAGCUCCGGAGAUGUCGAGCUGCGUGCGGUCAGGCGACUGUGCGGCCGGCCUGUGCUGCGUCCGGUAUCUGACCGGCAAACGGUGUCAGAGGAUCCCGGUGGAGGGCGAGGCCUGUCUGCUGCGAGGGUCCACCAAACUCAGGAGGAAGCUGGGACGCUGCGACUGUGACGCGGGCCUGUCCUGCACCGCCGUCAGCCGGUCAGGGAAGAGCAAAGGUCAGGGGGUGUGUCGGCCCCGCCAGACCCAGGGCCAAAGGAAAACAAGGCAUUCUGGGAAGAAGAGGAGGACCGCAGAGAGAAGCUGCUGACGCGUUCACAACAAACUCUGUAGAAUUUGUGCACUUUUAAUUUAAAGCUUGGUUCAGCAUGUAGAAAAAUGCCGCUUGAAUCUCAGAAUUCUCUCAUGGUCAAGUUUACGUCAUCACCCUCGGCGGCCAUGUUGGAGGUUGAGGCCAUUCCUGUUGCUGUAGAUAAUAGGCUUGUUUGAGAUGAGCUGAAAGUAGACGAGAGUAGUCGACUGCAGUCGGAGGAGGAGUCAGCAAACUGCCUGAAGUCCAGCAGCUUUCAAACGGUGGAAGAGGCAUCAGAGUCCUGCGUGCGAUGAAACGAACGGAACGGGACGGGGACCGCCUCCUGACUCAUCACCUUACAGAUCACCUAGGAAACGUGACGCUUUAUUAACGUGUCUACAACACGGCGUCUGUACGAGAGCCGUGAUGUGCUUCAGUCCGAAUCAGAAGAACCGUUCAGCCAUUUGUGUCUGAUGUCGCCGCCGCCAGAUGAAUGUUUUCCUCUUCAUCAGGGCCUGCAGUAACACUUUAAAAGGUUUUCUCCAAUACUCUUCUUUUAGUCAGUAAAAGUUUCUAUAUUACAUUACAAUAAAGAGUCAAUAUGACUGUG